AUGCAACGCGACUACAACACACGCGACACAUUGACUGACACGUCGACAUUUUACAUCAUGAUGAACGCUGAUAUUCACAGGGAGCGCGGGACCGAAAUUGUCACGCGACGAGCCGUAUUCGUAGAGGAAUCAAGGAAACAGGGUCUGCAGCCUCAAACAGCUUGUAUAGCUUUUCGUUAG